AUGACUGCUAGUUCGGAUUAUCGCAGUGAAGCGUCGUCUCCUCCUUCCACUCUCCCUGUUGAGGAGGUCGAAGCAGAGAAAGUCAUCCCGGUGCAGGAGACAGCGACUCCUCCUCCCCCUCCGAAUGGAGGGCUGGUAGCAUGGCUCCAAGUUGUCGGAGCCUUUUUCCUCUUCUUCAACUCCUGGGGCGUGGUUAACACCUUUGGCGUGUACCAGACCUACUAUGAGACGGACCUGUUGCAUGGUCACUCUCCCUCGUCCAUAUCCUGGAUUGGCACUGUCCAGGGCUUUCUCCUGUUCCUGGUUGGAGUCGUUGCCGGUCCCUUCUUUGACAAGGGGUACCUCAAGACCAUGAUAGCCCUGGGCUCGUUUCUGGUCGUCUUCGGUCUGAUGAUGACUUCCCUGUCAAGCCAGUACUACCAAGUCUUUCUGGCUCAUGGAAUUGCCGUCGGAAUCGGUUGUGCGUUCCUGUUCCUGCCUAGCAUCGCCAUCGUGGCCACUUACUUUACCACGCGGCGGGCUGUGGCGACGGGCAUCACGGCGUCAGGAGGAAGCAUCGGCUCCGUGAUAUACCCCAUCAUCUUCCGCAAACUCAUCGACCCACUCGGCUUUGGCUGGACCACCCGUAUCAUCGGCUUCAUCGCCCUAGGCGGGCUGUGCGUCUCCCUCGCCGUGAUGCGCAUGCGACUGCCCCCUCCCAAGCAGACCCGAUCCCUCCUCGACCUUUCUGCCUUCAAAGAAACCUCCUUCCUGAUCUUCAGCUUCGGUCUGUUCUGCGCCUUCGUCGGCCUCUACUUCCCUUUCUUCUACCUCCCCACCUACAUGUCCACCGUCGUCCACUCAACCGACAACCUAGCCUUCUACAUCAUCGCCAUCCUCAACGCCACCUCCGUCUUCGGCCGUAUCACCCCCGGCCUGGUGGCAGACCGUAUCGGCUCCCUCAACACCAUCAUCCCCAUGGCUCUGAGUGCGGCGAUCCUCGCGUACGCCUGGAUCGGGAUCAAGAACAUUGCAGGGACGAUCGUGUUCGCGUGUCUGUAUGGGUUUGCCUCUGGGGCGAUUGUCUCGUUGCCGCCGACGAUUGUGGCCCGGUUGAGUCCGAAUAUGAGUAUUGUCGGGGCGAGGAUGGGGAUGUGCUUUACGUUUGCCGGGUUGGGGCUGUUGAUUGGGAAUCCGAUUGCCGGGGCACUGUUGGACCUGGAGAAGGGGGUGUUUUGGAAGGCGGAGCUGUUCAGCGCGGUCAUGUGCGAUGAAGCCAAGCCAACCUGUAGAAAUUGCAACAAACACGCAGUAGACUGCAUAUAUUCCCUCCCAAACGGAGGAAGCCCCGUCUCCCAAUCUCAAAGGGCAUCUCCGCAGGCCUCAAACCCGAGCAGUUGCGCAUCUUCAGACCUAGCAGUGCACGAUCUUGAGCUGCUGCACCAUUUCUCUACAUCCACUGCCUACACAUUCUCUCGACACCCAGCACUGCAAACCUUCUGGCGAAUCGAUGCACCGCAGAUCGGAUUUGAUGCCCACUAUACGCUGCGAGCGAUGCUAGCCAUAUCCGCCCUCCACAUGGCUUACCUACGACCAGCGCAAAGGCAAUUCUACGUGUCUCAGGCAGAACACCAUCACAACGUAGCGUUGAAGUUCGUCACGUCGAAUAUGACACAACUAAUGGACGAGAAUAGCUCAGCGGUCUUUCUGUUCUCCAUCCUCACUAGCUUUUUCUCCUGCGCUAAGCCGCGGAAACUCGACGACCUGCUUCUCUUCCAGCAGGGACGAAUCUCCGAGUGGCUGGUCCUCUUCCGCGGAACGGGGACAAUAGUCGAAUAUGCGCAGGAAGAACUCCGCUCGGGACCAUUGGCAACGUUGCUGAGUAUUCGGCGGCGCCGGUCUGCGUACCGCAACACCCUAUCCACCCAGGGGCAAGCCUUCAUGGAUGAUCUGGAGGAGUUAGUCGGAGAAGAGGUCAAAGAGCAGCAGGAGCUACAGGUUUACUUGGGAGCAAUACAGGAAAUGAAGGUUUCGUUUGCUCUGUGGCCGGACGCGGGGAUCUGGGAGACGGGGGAUAUCUUUGUCUGGCUGCUGCGCGUGUCGGAGGAGUUUCUUACUCUCCUCCGAGAGCAGCGAUAUGUGGCGCUGGUGAUAUUUGGUUACUUCUGUCCCUUGCUUCGUCGGUUGGAAUGGAUGUGGUGGAUGGAGGGGUGGAGUGUGCAUUUACUCUCUCGGAUCCAUGGGUUGCUGGACCAGGAGCAUCGCACUUGGAUCCAGUGGCCGAUGGAACAACUUGGGUGGAGGCCUUAA